AGUCCCUCCAAGUGUAGGGUUACCGGCGUCUGAGGGAUGCUGUUGGAGCUUCUUCGUUGGUUACGUUGGGGUAGUUCAGUUCUAUCUAUCUGCUAAGAUUUCAGGAUACAACAACAGACAGUCAGUCAUGGGUUUGGUUGCACGAGUUGGGUUGUCAUGUCAUGGCAUCUGAAAAGCCACGAGGGGGAAGCUGACCAAAGGUCUGGAAUGGAUCUGUAUAUAUAGAGGUACCAAACCAGAGACUCGAGACAAGUAUUACCGGUAGAUCCAACAUGUUCUCUUCCAAGUUGACAUUGGCAUCCCUUGCCAGCAUCGUCCCAUCCGUCCUCGCGGGUUUCGAUGCCAGCGCGCAGAGCAAUGUUGCUGUAUAUUGGGGCCAAAACUCGUUCGGUCAAGCAACUUCCCAGACACGGCUAAGCACAUACUGCACAAACAGCAAGCUCAGCAUCAUUCCCCUCGCUUUCAUGAAUGGCAUCAAGACACCUAUCACAAAUUUCGCCAACGCUGGAGACAACUGCACGGUCUACGCUGGCACGCAGCUUCUGAACUGCCCGCAGCUGGAAGAGGACAUUAAGACAUGCCAGUCCGAGGGAAAAACCAUCCUGCUCUCCAUCGGAGGGGCAACAUAUACCGAGGGAGGCUUCACAGACUCGGCAUCGGCCGAGAGUGCCGCGCAAAGCGUCUGGGAUCUGUUCGGCUCCGACACAACCAAGGACAACCGACCAUUCCGCACAGCGGUUGUCGACGGGUUCGACUUCGACUUCGAGUCCGUGACCCAGAACUUCGUACCCUUCGCCACGAAGCUGCGCUCGCUCAUGGACGGCGACUCGAGCAAGAAGUACUACCUGUCGGCGGCGCCGCAGUGCCCGUACCCGGACGCGGCGAUGAACGACAUGCUCAACGGCGCCAUCUCGUUCGACUUCAUCAUGAUCCAGUUCUACAACAACUACUGCGGGAUCCAGUCGUUCGUGCCGGGCGCCGCGACGCAGAACAACUUCAACAUGCAGACGUGGGACGACUGGGCCUCGCAGACGAGCAAGAACAAGGACGUCAAGAUCCUGCUGGGCGUCCCCGCCAACACCGGCGCGGGGGGCGGCUACCAGCCCGCCUCUGCGCUCGCGCCCAUCAUCCAGUUCUCCAAGCAGUUCGCCAGCUUUGGCGGUGUGAUGAUGUGGGACAUGUCUCAGCUCUACGCCAACGCCGGGUUCCUCGAUGACGUCUACGCCUCGCUGACAGGUUCCGCGGUCGCAGCAAGAGGAGUAGCGGCAGAGGCAGAGGCAGCCACAACCCUGGCCACCAAGAUCAGGGCCCGAGCUACUCCGGCUCCCGUACUAGGUUAGAUGGUGCUGGGCGGGCGCGCAUGCCGAUUCGUCGUGUUUCAGAGGGGAUGCUGCUGGUACUUUGCGGCGUGGACAGUGGACACUGGACA